UUUUAUAUUCCUUUUCAUUCAGAUUAUCCAGACCAACUUUAAGUUAGGAGGACCACAAUAAUAAGAUGUUCCGGUUGCAAGCUCGACUGUCCUCCCUGUGCCAGUCUGCCAGAACUCAGCUACCGGACGCUGCCAGGGGAAACAGUCUCUAUGGCUUCAAACUACCCCCGGGGAUUGCCUGUAGCUCUACCCAGGCUCAGUCCCAAACUAAACCCGACGAAAAAAUCCGAAAACUUAUGGUGGCCAACAGAGGUGAAAUUGCCAUAAGGGUGUUCAGAGCUUGUACAGAAAUGAAUAUAACUACUGUGGCAAUCUACUCUGAGCAAGACAUGAUGCACAUGCAUCGUCAGAAGGCAGAUGAAUCAUACCUCAUCGGGAAAGGCCUACCCCCAGUAGCCGCAUACCUGAAUAUUCCAGAAAUCAUCCAUGUUGCAAAGGAAAAUGGAGUAGAUGCCAUACACCCAGGGUAUGGGUUUCUCUCUGAGAGAGAUGACUUUGCACAGCAGGUGAUAGAUGCAGGGAUAAAAUUCAUUGGUCCGUCUCCUGAGGUUGUGAGAAAAAUGGGAGAUAAAGUGGAGGCCAGGCAAGCAGCCAUUGCAGCAGGUGUACAGGUUGUGCCGGGUACUGAUGGCCCAGUCAGCAGUAUAGAGGAGGCCAGGUACUUCUGUGAGCAGUAUGGACUGCCGGUCAUAUUUAAAGCAGCGUACGGUGGAGGAGGAAGAGGCAUGAGGAUCGUUAGGUCUAUGGAGGAGGUAGAUGAGAAUUUCAGAAGAGCGACAUCCGAGGCAGAGGCAGCGUUUGGUAAUGGUGCCCUCUUCCUGGAGAAGUUCAUUGAGAGACCUAGACACAUAGAAGUACAGAUUCUAGGUGAUAGAGGAGGAAAUGUGGUGCAUCUUUAUGAAAGGGACUGCUCUGUACAGAGGCGCCACCAAAAAGUGGUGGAGAUAGCCCCCGCCCCCAAACUGCCACGUGACAUUAGGGACAAAAUGACUGCAGAUGCGGUCAAACUAGCCCAGUGUGUGGGCUAUGAAAAUGCAGGAACUGUGGAAUUUCUCCUGGACCCCUCAGGACAAUACUACUUCAUUGAGGUUAAUGCUCGACUACAAGUGGAACACACCGUCACAGAGGAGGUUACUGGGAUAGAUUUGGUACAGAGUCAGAUUAAGAUAGCAGAGGGGAGGCUGUUACCAGAGAUGGGACUCAGUCAGGAGGAUAUAGAACUACAUGGCUGUGCCAUCCAGUGUAGAAUGACCACUGAGGACCCUGCCCGAGGUUUUCAACCCGACACUGGCCGAAUAGAGGUGUUCAGGAGUGGGGAAGGUAUGGGAAUCAGACUGGACAGUGCUCUAGGAUUUGCAGGGGCCAUCAUCUCACCUUACUAUGAUUCUUUGCUGGUCAAGGUCAUUGCUAAGGCCAGAGAUCACCCAUCUGCUGCUGCCAAGAUGUUGAGGACACUCAAGGAGUUCAGAAUCAGAGGGGUCAAGACCAACAUCCCUUUUCUGUUGAAUGUCCUCCAACACGAGCAGUUCCUGUCGGGAGUGGUGGACACAUACUUCAUCGACGAGAACCCCCAGCUGUUUAAAUUCUACCCCACCCAGAACCGGGCCCAGAAGCUGCUCUAUUACCUGGCCCAGGUGAUGGUCAAUGGCCCCCAGACCCCCCUGGCCACUGACCUUCAACCCUCAGAGGUCGUACCAACUGUUCCACAGUUACCCUAUGAGGAAAAUCAAUCUAGGGCCCCCGCUCCACCCAAGGGCUGGAGGGACGUCCUGGUGAAGGAGGGACCAGAGGCUUUUGCCAAGAAAGUCCGAGAGCACAAAGGAUUGCUUCUGAUGGAUACCACCUUCAGGGAUGCCCACCAGUCGCUCCUAGCAACCAGGGUCAGGACCUUUGACCUGAAGAGAAUCUCACCUUUUGUAUCUCAGAGGUUUAAUAAUCUCUACAGUUUAGAAAACUGGGGAGGUGCAACUUUUGAUGUGGCCAUGCGCUUCCUACAUGAGUGCCCCUGGGAAAGGCUUGAGGAACUCAGAAAACUGAUCCCCAAUGUCCCAUUCCAGAUGUUACUAAGGGGAGCUAAUGCUGUGGGUUACACUAAUUACCCAGACAAUGUUGUCUACAAGUUUUGUGACAUGGCUGUUAAGAGUGGUAUGGAUAUUUUCCGUAUAUUUGAUUCCUUGAACUACCUCCCAAACAUCAUUGUAGGCAUGGAUGCAGUUGGGAAAGCAGGUGGUGUGAUUGAAGCAGCAAUCUCGUACACUGGUGAUGUGUCUGAUCCCACUAAAUCCAAAUACAAUCUAGAUUAUUAUGUGGAUUUGUCCACAGAGCUGGUGAAAGCUGGCACCCAUAUACUCAGUAUUAAGGACAUGGCAGGUGUGCUGAAACCCAAGGCAGCUAAGAUGUUAGUGGGUACCCUGAGAGACAAAUUCCCCGACAUCCCCAUCCAUGUUCACACUCAUGACACCGCCUGUGCUGGAGUGGCGUCCAUGUUGGCUGCUGCGGAGGCAGGGGCAGAUGUGGUAGACGUGGCAGUGGAUUCCAUGUCUGGUCUGACCUCACAGCCCAGUAUGGGGGCAGUGGUGGCAGCAUUAGAGGGAACAGACCUACAAACAGGCAUCCAUCUGUCUGAUGUGUCCGACUACUCGGCUUACUGGGAACAGACCAGGAAUCUCUAUGCUCCUUUUGAAUGCUGCAAGACGCUGAAAAGUGGAAACUCAGAUGUCUAUGUCAAUGAAAUUCCAGGUGGUCAGUACACAAACUUACAGUUCCAGGCCUUCAGCCUCGGUCUGGCUGACCAGUUUGAGGAAGUGAAGAAAAUGUACGCCGAAGCCAAUCAGCUGCUGGGGAAUAUUCCCAAGGUGACCCCUUCCUCUAAAGUGGUGGGUGAUAUGGCUCAGUUCAUGGUACAGAACAAACUGACCAAGGAGAUGGUGGAGGACCGAGCGGAGGAGUUAUCUUUCCCUGCCUCCGUCAUCGAGUACUUCCAGGGAUAUCUGGGGGUCCCACCAGGAGGCUAUCCUGAACCACUCAGAACCAAGAUCCUGAAGGGAAAGCCUGGUAUUCAGGGUCGUCCAGGGGAAGCUCUCCCUCCCGUUGACUUUGAUAAGUUGAGAGAGGAGCUGAAAGAGAAGCACGGGCAUGAUGUAAAGGAGCACGAUGUCAUCAGUGCUGCCCUCUAUCCCAAGGUCACCGACGAUUUCCUGGAGUUCCGUGAUAAAUACGGCCCUGUGGAUACCCUCGGAACAAGGAUAUUCUUUGUAGGACCCAAAGUUGCUCAAGAAAUGGAGGUACAAAUAGAGAGAGGAAAGACACUGUCCAUUAAAACCUUAGCUUGUGGAGACCUGAAUAAGAACGGGGAGAGGGAGAUGUUCUUUGAAUUGAAUGGACAGCUGAGAUCAGUCAAGGUCAAAGAUGAAGAGGCAGCCAAGGAGCUGCAUUUCCACCCCAAGGCUCUGAAGGGGGUGAGGGGAUCAGUAGGGGCCCCUAUGCCAGGAGAAGUUGUGGACAUUAAGGUCAAAGAGGGUGACAAGGUCGAGAAAGGUCAACCCGUCUUAGUGCUCAGCGCCAUGAAGAUGGAAAUGGUUGUCACGGCACCUGCUUCAGGGACGGUGAAGUCGAUCGCUGUGGAGAAGAAGAUGAAGUUGGAGGGUGAUGAUUUAUUGAUGGACAUUGAAUGCGACUGAGUGAGAAAGAUGAUAUCUUCCAAAGAUGGCAGGCCACCUUAAGAGAGUUUUUGGGAAUGCUUAAGUUAAAUGCAGUUUAGAAUGUGAAAACGUUCUUGUUGUUGAUGAUUAGAAAUGAGAUUAAAUUUUUUUUCGAAAAAUUGUGGGGAAAAUGAUUUAUACAUAUGCAUUACUGGUGUGAAAUGGUGAUACAUGUAUAUAUAUUAGAUUUUAAAAGUAUGGAAACAUAUCCUAAAGAAAUAAAUAUCUUUACUGUGAAGUCUUUUCUAGAGGUUUUAAUGUUUAUAUGCAGGAAAGUGCUAAAUGACUAGGUUCAAUUAUUGUCUUAUCUGAUUUUUCUCCAUAUAUAGCAAAGUGCUAAAUGAUGCUAGGUUCAAUCAUUGUCUUAUCUGCUAGUUCUACUUAUAUAACCUAGUAUUCUUUUGUUUGACUUAAACUAUUUUUCUAUUUUUUUUUCAUAUUUUGUAUAGAAAAAGUGUCAAGAUCUUUUCUUUGAUAGGUAUUUUAUAUUUUGAAUAUAUAAAAGGCAUGAAAAUGAAAUCUUGUACAUUUACAUUUAUACUGAAUAUAUAUAUUUACAUAUAUGUGCUGCAUGGUAAAAUUUAUAGGUAAAUGAUUAUUAUUUGCAAAAUUGAUGCUUUCUAGUGCACAGAAGUAUAAUAUACAGGUUGGGUUUGAUGUUAUGAGUAGUACAUGUAAUUAAUAAAGCCCUAGCCAAUUUGGAAGAGAUAUUUUUUUUAUUUGGAAAGUAGACAUUUAUCAUUUGGGUCUUAACAGACAUUUUGUGAAAAAUGAUUUAAGUACUAAGUAUGUUUUAUUUCUUAAUCUUUGCAAUGUAUAAACUAAAAAGUUAUAUUUUUUUCCAAUCAUUUUUUUUUUUUACUUCUUUGAGCAUAAUAAUGUAAUCAAUGUUUUAGUGCUUAUUUGAUUAUUUCUCUUAUGUAAACAUGAUGAUGGAAAUUUAGGACUUAGCAUAAUUUAUUGUACAUGUAUGUGUAUAGAUGCAUAAUUUUAUGUGUUCUUCAUUAUACUUAAAAGGCUUCUGUGUUGGUAACAAUUAAAUGAAAAUUUGUUGAAUCUUUUUAAUUAUUGUUUUAUAGUUAAUGCCAAACAGGGCAUUCAAGAUUAUCAAAGUAUCUAUUAAAAGAGUACACAAAAAGCAUACAUACAGCAUUUUUACCAGUAAACCAAUGUUGCUGACAUUCCAAGUUAAUUUUAUCAUAAUAAAUUUUGAAAAGUAUUUCUGAUUACACAAAGCUAGGUCCAUCUAAACAACGGGCUUUAUUUUGAUGGAAUGACGUUUGAAGAAGAUCAAUCAUAUUUUGAUUAAAGUGAAUUAAUUUUUUGAGAGGACAAUGUUGAAGUUGAUAAAAUUUUAUGUGGAUUUUUUUUCUGUAUUAAAAGCGUUUUUAUAUAGCAUGUUCAGGAUAGGGCAUAUGGAAAUGAAAUGUGUACUGUAAUGAAAAAAUUAAAUUAUAAUAAUUUUAAAUCAAAGAUCUCAUGUGAGCUAGGAAGUGUUUAUUUCACUUCAAAAAGUUUAUAAUCAGUAGAUAUAUAUAUUUUUUGCAUGUAUAUUGAAUUUGUAUGCAAGAUUUUGUUGAGCAAACAGUUAAUUUAUAGGUGUUUAAUUAACAUGGGCAUUAUUAAGGGGAAAAAAUAGUGAAUUUUUUGUAAGGCUUUUGUUUAGAUGCUUUCAUUUUUAAAAUAUUUAAUGUGGGUAGUUGAUUAUAAAAAUUAAGAAACCUCAUUUCUCCAUUGCAAGUGUUGAAGUAGAACUUCAAUAAAAUCUUCUUUAUUAUGUUGA